AUGAUCGGAACAAUGCCCGACGAAGACCUCGUCGCUCCCUCUGACGCGACAAUCAUCAGCGAGGCUCACAAAGCUGCCACCAUAACGGACGUCGGCGAUUGGCACAAUCGACGCCAUGAAGUCACCACCAUGACCGAAGCCGAUACCUGCUGGGAGCAAGGACGAUGGGUCGAGUGUGCAGAGAGAUGCUAUCAAGUAUUGCGAGCCGCGCCGUUUGAGGCGAUCGAGGCGAAAUGUCAUAUGUACUUGUCGACUGAGGAGGUGGGACCGAAGGAGAUGGGUGGACAACUUUGGCAUGCUAACAAAGCCAUCGAGCUGUGGAGGAUCGUUAUUGAUCGUUCCGGAAUGUCUCGCUUUCCGAUCGAAAAGGCAAGACCGCAGUUGGAGGUGGCGGAGGAGAUGUUGGUGCAGGCGGACGAGGCAUUCGAAUCAGCGCAUCGUCUACUUCAGCAGCAGAGACAGGAAGCAUUAAUUCUAGAAUACUGA